AUGGAUCCAGGAGAUGUAUUUGAUUGGAAUAAAUGGUAUCAAAAGGAAAAACAACGAUUUAUUGCAGAUUGUGCUGAUGUAAAUAAAAAAUUAGAAGAAAUGGAAAAGAAAACGGGAAAAGAAUUAACAGAAAUAACAGAAGGAAUCCAUCAGGAUUUAAAUUUUACAACAAUUAACUUAAAUACAGUAGGAAAAUGCUUAGACCUUGUAUCAGAAACUUUUACACAAACAGAAGAAAUUCAAUUAGUAGAAAUAGUUGAAGAAACCAUGGUAACAGUUUAUCAUUGUCAUGUGUUGAUUACUAGGACCAUUUUUCAUUGCGGGAUGCAUUCCCAUUCAUCCAUUGUAUCUGGAGGAUUUAUGUCAUAUCCUUACAAAAUUUUAGAAAAGCGAUUCAAGUCAGCUGUAGAUACUGGAUCAGUAGAUGCUAAUGGUGACUGUGAAGGGCAACUGUAUUACGAUGAAUUUGGUUCAUGGAGAGAUGUAGUUGUAGAAGGAUUUAUACAGGUUAGUUUGAGUAAAGAUGAAGUUAUUGCUAACUUAGGCAAAGACAUUAUUCAUUUGCCUAAUCAACUGAGAUGCAGUGCAAGUGAUGAACACUGUAUAGAUGCUGUACAAGGGGAGUACUAUUGGAAACUGAUAAAUGAAGGUACAUGUAAAGAACAAAAUCAUGUAGUACUUUAUGAAGGACUUGCUAAUAUCACCAAAGAUGUAAAAACAAAACAAAAUAUAGCUGGAUAA